GGGGGUCCAACGUGCGGUAGUGUACGCGCUGCGCCGACGCAGUUAUACUUAACAACUAUUCCCACAAUCACUGAGAAAUUAACUCGCAAACUCGAUGACAGAGCAUUUCACGAUCUAAACUGAGAUUCUUGAACAAAAGUUUGUUGAUAAAAACAGGUUGCAAACUACAGUAGGAAGUAGGUUCGACGACAGUUAUAUAAAACUAUGUUCAGAUCGCUGCUGGUUUACUAACGAGUUGUUUUGAGUGAUUAUAGGCAAGUUUCUGUUUUUUUAAAAAGUGUUUUUGUGAAGUGAAAUCAAGAAACUACAGGAUGUCCACGCUUCUGUUCUGGCAGGGCAAGGGCAAAUCUAACGGCGCUCCCAAUGGAAGAAACUGGAUCCACUCCGCCGACGCCCUGGUCAAAGGACACGUCGCUUAUCUUGUCAAGUUCCUCGGAUGCACAUACGUAGACCAAGCCAAAGGCAUCGACGUGGUCAAAGACGCCAUAAAGAAGUUACAGUUCUCUCAGCAAUUGAAGAAGUCUGAGACGAAGGAUGCUGCCAAGUGUAAGAAGGUGGAAAUCACUAUAUCUGUGGACGGGGUCGCUAUACAGGAGCCAAGAACCAACAACAUUCUGCACCAGUUCCCCCUCCACCGAAUAUCUUACUGCGCGGAUGACAAAGGCGCGAAAAAAUACUUCUCGUUCGUGGCGAAAAUUCCCGCGUCAAAUGGCAGCACUAACGGUCAUGAUGAUUCACAAGAAAAACAUCAAUGUUUCGUCUUCAUUUCUACCAAAUUGGCGUCUGAAAUCACUUUGACAAUCGGACAAGCUUUCGAUUUGGCUUACAGGCGAUUCCUGAAAGACAACAGCAAGUACAUAGAAAUAGAGAAGUUAACACUGCAGAAUGAGAAACUGGAGCUACAAGUAAAUGAGUACAAAACCCGCUUACAGGAUUUAUCGAAGAUAACGUACAAGGAUGACUUGAACGCGUACCUUGCCCGGCAGAACCUAACAGAUAUCUGCGAAUUCAAGGCACCAGAGGAAUUGGAGAAAGAGCUUUUGCAAUUCACGAUAUGCAACAAGUUAACUACAAUGAACGGGAUCAAUCCUUCAUUGAACACGCAAGGGGCUGGUCUCAAGAAGAUGUUCGAGUCGCCAGCCGGGUCCAACUCGAGCAAUGAUGAGAAUCUACUGCUGUCGACGCCGCCGCCGACGCAUAAUGGGAAGACUAGCGGGAAGAACUCAAACGAUUUCCCAUCUAACAAGAACCCAGUUGUGGGCACCAAACUGGAAGGUCUACUUCUCAAUUCAGAUUCUGACAGUGAUUUCGACCCGCGCGCGUACGAAUCAGAGCCCGUCACUAGAUUUGCGGCGUCCUCCGUCGAAAACACAGCGUCGCCUACACCUCCUUUAUUGGCCCCCCCACCAAAAUCGUCAAAACGCCAAUCGCCACAUAGCCAGCCGCAACAAACAACAGUUCAACCCACGAACGGGAGCGACUUAUUCGGUUCAACCCCAUUCAUCCCCAACCAGAUUCAACCCCAAAACACCAGUCCAUUCGCCCAAAACACACCCAACUAUGAUAUCAACUACAGCGAUUUUAACACUUCAGUGUUCAACACAACUUCUUUCACUAACGGUUUGACCGACCCGUUCGAUACGCAGAAGAAUAUGAAUAAUAUAUUCGCUAACGGCUAUGGUGGAGCGUUCAAUGGAUAUGGAAACCUUAGUGAGAAGCAGACAGUCGAGUUGGACAGCAGUUUCAAUGGGUUCCUAGAUAAAACUAUUUCGGAGAUGAAGGAUGGAUUCAGCCGAGGGAUCACCUUUGGAAACGAUGAUUUUUCAAUAGACAGCAUGGAUCCCCUGAAGAAAAAUUAAACAAAGCACUAUUUUUUUCGAAAUAAAAUAGUUAAUGUAGAUAAAUGAAAACCUUAUCUUAAACCGCAGAACUUAGAUUAAAAUAAAUGCAAUAAAAUAUUAUUUGAGAAUAAUUGUAAUUGAUUUAUUUUUUAAGAUUGUAUAGGUUUAAGUGUUCUGCGGUGAGAGGCGACGUUUUUUUGUGAUUUUGUAAAGUUAUGUGUUGCCAUAUUAUUGGUUACGAGUAAAGUAUUCAAAGUCGUGAUAAUAAUUAAUAUUGUACUGUGUUACUGUUUUCAAAACAUAUAUUUCUCAAUUCUCAUCAGAAUGAAUCUCAGUAAUAACCAGUAAUGUGACAAAACAUUACUACCAUAUUAUAAAAUUAAAUAAAUUUGCGGUGAUAAUGAUGUAUUGAAUAUUAUACACUAAUAUGUAUACGCUCAAUGUCAUUCCAAAAGUGCCUUAGAUACAAUAUAUAAAUCAAUAAAUUAUUAAAAUAUGUAGGUAACUUUUAAUCGUUAACAAUGUAUUAAUCAUAUCAAAAUUUUCUAUGCAUGUUUAUUAAGGAUUAAGACAUUGAAGUUUGACUCGAGUACUAACGGGGACCAAAUUAGCAGUAAAUAUUUGAAGUUUGCCUCAAAUUAUUCUGUGAUAAUUCUUUUCAUGUUGGGGUACUUCAAAUUAAAAUUAUAUAUCGUAUUAUAAAUCGUCCAAAAUCGACUGAAUAUUAAAAUUGCACCAUUUUUAACUGAAUGUGUAUAGUCGUAGUGUCGUGAAGGUUAUAUUCAUACAUUUUUUUAGUAUGCGGAUGGCAUUGUAGCUUAUAAUGGUCAACACAUUCCAUGAACAUAUUUUAAAAUAAUAACUAUUUUACUAUUGAUAAAUAUGUAAAUUGUAAAAAUAAAAGUUACAAUAUUUUUAAUUGUUUUUGAAGAAUUGAAAGGUUUUUUUUAUAAAUUGUUUUGAUGAACGUAAGAGAAACAUGAAUUAAAACUAAAUCAAAAGUUUGUAUUUGUAUAAAACGACUGAUGAAGUUGUUCAAUUUUUUAUUUAAUAACUGUUUAACUUUAUAAAUACUUUACUAUGAACUCCAUUAAGGUAUUUUUGUACAAAUAAUAAAUAGGCAAUUACCAUAAUCCUUUUGUAAAACCAUGUUCCCACUCAUAUUUUUAUUCUUAUUAAUAUAAACUCUUAUUUUUACAAUUUGAAUAUAAUUUUAUUUUUAGUUGUGUAUAAUAUUUCUCGUAAUAAACUGUUGUAUCGAAUGUCACAUUAGUGAAAUAUUGUUUAAGUAUUGUGUACACUUAUGUUACGGUUAGGCCAAAAGAUAUACAAUAAAUGUGUAUUUUCAAAAAUAAAAUUAUGUUUACAGAAUGAA